AUGGAAAAGAGCGAGCAUCAGGAUAAGGAUGAUAAUGUAACAUCCGAUGAUGACAUAUUGAUUGAAAAUAUUAAGAAAAAAAACUGCUGCAUUAAAAUUAACGACUCAAAACAAAUAAAUGAAGACAAAAAGGAGGAUGCUAAAUCAAAGAAGGUUGUGAAGAGUAAUAGUAAGACAGUUUUGAACAAAGAGACAAGUAUCGUUAUUCAAAAGGCGAAGUCGAAAACGAGUGCGAAGGAAAGCAAAGAGGCUUCCUUAAAUGAAUGUAAGGUGGUAAAAAAAGGUAAGACAGGUGCCAAUACGGGGGAUGCAGCUAAGGAAAACCCUACUAUUAGCAAUCAAAAGACAGAUAAAAAAAACACGGUGGUGAAAAAAAGAAAAUCAAGUGUAAAGGACGAAAAAGACACUAAUGGGAAGAAGCACACAGCCGCCAAAAUUGUAAAAAAGAGAGCAAGCAAAGUCAAGAAAGAAACAAAUAAAAGACCCAAAAAAGUAGUUAAAAAAACAGAAGAAAAUUUCGAACCCAUAAAUAGAUGGUGGGAGAAAAUAGAUCAUCAAACUGAUAUUCAGUGGCAUUACUUAGAACAUCGGGGUCUUAUUUUUUCUCCCCCAUACGUACAGCACCAUAUUCCCAUUUUUUAUAAAAGCAUAAAAUUAGAGUUAAAUGAAAAAGCAGAGGAGUUAGCUACCUACUGGUGUAGUGUGAUAGGCACUGAUUAUUGUACUAAGGAAAAGUUCAUAUUAAACUUUUUUAAAACCUUCAUAUGUACCUUAGAGAAGGAUAACAUAAUAAGAAAAGAAAAUGAAAACAAAUUGAAAAAAGGAGAUAUAUCCAAUUUUAAAUUUAUCGAUUUCAUGCCAAUCAAAGAUCACCUAGUUAAGCUAAGAGAAGAAAAACUUAAUAGAACGAAAGAAGAAAAAGAAGAAGAAAAAAAAUUAAGAUCAGAAAAAGAAUUACCAUAUACGUACGCACUGGUUGAUUGGAUUCGUGAAAAAAUUUCGAGCAACAAAGCGGAACCUCCUGGUCUAUUUAGAGGUAGAGGAGAACACCCAAAACAGGGGUUGUUGAAAAAAAGAAUAUUCCCAGAAGAUGUGGUAAUAAAUAUAAGCAAAGAUGCCCCUGUCCCUCGAUUGUACGAUGAUAUGUGUGGUCACUGUUGGGGAGAUAUUUACCAUGACAAUAAAGUAACGUGGUUAGCAUACUACAAGGACAGUAUAAAUGAUCAGUUAAAGUAUACAUUUUUAUCUGCCCAAUCCAAAUUUAAAGGUUAUAAAGAUUUUCUCAAGUACGAAAAUGCAAGGAAGCUAAAAUCAUGUGUUCAUAAAAUUAGGGAAGAUUAUAAGCACAAAAUGAGGAGCAAAAGCAUCCUGGAAAAGCAGUUAGGCACGGCGGUCUAUUUGAUAGACUUUUUGGCCUUAAGAGUGGGGGGUGAGAAAGACACAGAUGAGGAAGCGGAUACCGUGGGCUGCUGCAGUUUGCGGGUCGAGCACGUUAGCUUUUCCCACCAGGUGCCCAUUAAGGAUGGGACCUUGCGGGGGGAAAACGCCAAGGGGCAGAGGGGCAAGGUGAAAAACACGAACGGGGAAGUAGCCAAGGGGGAAAUCGCCAAGGGGGAAGUCGCCAAGGGGGAAGUCGUCAAAGGGGAAAUCACCAAAGGAGAAACCGCCCCAAACGAAAGUGACAACAAAGACAGCAACAAACUCCCGCUUCCCAAAAACCUAAACGACAUAGCGGCAGAUCACUGCUAUAUAACACUUGAUUUUUUAGGAAAAGACAGUAUCCGAUAUUUUAACACGGUACUGCUGGACAAGCAAGCAUACAUCAACAUGAUCAUAUUUUGCAAAAACAAACACAAAGAUGAAGGGGUGUUUGAUCAAAUUACCUGUUCAAAAUUAAAUGAUUAUUUAAAAGAAAUUAUGCCAACGUUGUCGGCAAAGGUUUUCCGUACAUACAAUGCGUCCAUUACCCUAGAUCAGCAGCUGAAAAGGAUAAAAGAAAUUCGGGGCAAACCAACGGACCCGCUGCUCGCGUGUUAUGAUGAUUUUCCAAAGAAGAAAAAGAGGAAACUCGGAAACGUAACUUCGUCAACCACUAUUCUAAGCGAUACAAGUGACUCCACGGAGGAAGGGAGAAGUGGAGAUGACAACGCAACAGGUGAAAACGCAACAGGUGAAAACGCAACAGGCGACAACUCCCUUGGCGAUAACAGUGCAGUAACCCCAAGUAGAAGUAACACCAACCCUUUCGGAGGCGUCCACGCUAGUGAGAAAAACACCCCCAUAGAAGUGGACGUUUCAAAUGUAAACGAACUCAUCAAUUUCUUCAACAACGCCAACAGAGAGGUUGCCAUUCUGUGUAACCAUCAGAGGAGUAUCCCAAAGCAGCACGACACAGCAAUGUCCAAAAUAAAAAAGCAAAUAGAACUCUACACCGAAGAUAUAAAGGAGUAUAAAAAAUAUUUGCAGUACCUGAAAAACGGAACAAACGAACAAAGCUUUACCUUUGUGUCUAAGGUUGUUGCUUUAGAUGGAUCGUUAAGACCCAACAAGGUGAAGGAAAACAUGAAGGAAGAGUCUUGCAAGAAGAAAUUAAUUGCUCUCAUUAAGAAAGUGGAGCAGUUAAAACACCAAAUGAAGGUACGCGAUGACAACAAAACAAUUGCCCUCGGGACUUCUAAAAUAAAUUAUAUGGAUCCAAGAAUAACCGUCGCCUUCUGCAAAAGGUUUGAAAUACCGAUAGAGAAAAUAUUUAAUAGGAGCUUAAGGCUUAAAUUUCCCUGGGCAAUGUUCGUGACGAAGAAUUUUAACUUUUAA